GAAUAUGAGGCCUGGAGAGGUUGCAGAAUCUUCCAAUGAGUUGCACUAAUAAAUGACAGAGUUGAAACUUGAAGCCUAGGAAGUCUGGUUUGAGUCUGUGCUGUGAACCAUUAUCUGAUGCUAAUCUUAGCAUAAUGCCUAGUAGAAAAUAUUCAUGCAGUGCAUGUAAGCUAAUCAUUAUUAUUGUAAACUUACUGUUAACUGAUGUUAUUUGACUCAAGGCAAAUGGUUUAAAGUGAUAGAGGACUUUCUCUCAAUUUGUCUUCCAUUAUGUAGAGUUGAAGGUCUUCAAACAUAUUUCGUUGUCCAAAAGAAUAGAGGCUGAUCCUUUGAGAAACUAUGAUACUAUUUGGUAAACAAAGACAUGUUACGUUUUUUAAAGCAAUGUAUCUGCAUGAUGAGAAUGAGCCUUACAAAAUGUUAUUGGCAGCAUUCUACAAAGUUGGAAGAGUGAUUGCCAUUGAUGAAGACCACCCACCAAACUGUGUGACAUACAAAAUAGCCAAUGGAGACACCCAGGUUAUACAAAGAUUCUGGAUUCAUCCUCUCUCUGGAAUGAUCGAACUUACCACACAGCCAGACUACGAGUCUGUGAAGCAAUAUAACCUCACCGUGGAAGCUGUGGACUGUGACAGAUUUCACUCUCGUACAGCAAUGACUAUGGUCACUGUUGACAUUGAAAACGAGAAUGAUGAAGCACCUGUCUGCACACCCUCUCUGUAUAAGACAGUCAUUUUUGACAAUGUUGCUCUUGGGACAAACGUCAAUGGCUUCGCCCUGAACUGCCACGACAGACAUUCACAAGGUUUUGAAAUGCGUUUUGAGAUGGUUUCUGUAGGCGAUGGAAAUCAAAAGGAAAUUAUUGCCACAGGAAACAGAAAUAAAAAAUUAGAAGUGUUAACAGAAACCACUGUAUAUGAGACUGUGUUUGAUGGAGAAGUCAUUGACCCAGUCUCUGGGAAUGUAUAUGAAUAUAACAGCAGAGCAGGUGCAAGAAAGUGGAAGAAGACCCCCAGGCACCAGAAGGAGCCCUUAGCAAACACACAUUCCCCUCCAGAGGUCCAUCCUUUAGAGGAGUCCACAUCCUUAAACAUUCCUUUGCAAGGAUAGCAUUUUUCCAGUGCCUGAAUGAUUGCUUUUUUGUGUAUAUGAUUGUCACAGGCAGUUUUUCUUGGCUACCUAAAAUUACAGACACGAGGCCAGCUGCUUUGUCUGUGUUUAUAGCUUUCUGUGAUCUUCCAUUUCAGGAUGUCUGUGUGAAGGCGGCAGGAGUGGUGAGCUUUGAAUCUCUGAACAUGUUUUGCUGAAAACGAGAUACUAAAUUGACAUAUGUUCAUUGUCUUACUCUGCCCAGUACAGUGUAUGCUUUUUAAGAUCAGAGACUAUUUUGCUUACUGCUUCAGCCCCAGUACAUGCUUGGCACAGAGUGGGGACUCUUUAUACAUUUGUGAAUAAAUAAAUUUGAAUAUAUGAAUUCA